GGAGAACAURUYAUUGUUGCUASAGAWGAUSACAUAAYUGUGUUGGAAUCAGCUUGUGAAGGAAGUAUUGGACAUAUUAUUGUUUCAAGAGGAAUACCAAGUGAUGACAGUAUUUUGCCAUGUGGCCAAAUAGUUGUCAAUCACAAAAACCAGUUAAUGGUCUCUGACGGUGGAGAUAUUAUCAAAGUAUACAAUUAUAAACGAGAUGAUAGUCUGCAGGAGUUAUGUCGUCUCAGGAUCAACCAUCUUUUGAAAGCMAACAAAGAAAAACUUAACCAGUUGCCAUUACCAACCAAUGUAAUAAGCUAUCUGUUGUACAACUAAAUGACCUUUCAAGCAACAGUAGAUUGCUGACAUUGACCAGGAGGACUCUGGACUCAGGAUUGGUAUCAAUAACUAUCAAUGUAGAGUUUCAUCAACUUCCAUUGUAGAUGCUAUAAGUCUGUAAAAGUUACAGAAUUAAGAUAUCCAUAUAAAUCAAAUUAAUUUUACAUUAUACUGUAGCUGCCAUGUCUGAUGAAAACAUUGGCUAGUGGUUCCACUUAAACUUAUCUUCAGUGUUCAUUCAUCUGCAAACAUAGCAAUUUUAUUUUUAUUUGAUGUACAGAUCUAGGAAAUGAAGCAGUGCUCGACACACACACUCUACAGUGGUGACACAUAAUWUAUGACAAAAGCAAUAAAACCAAUAUUUAGUGGUGUGCUAUAAAUCUCUGAACCGCUUUUACGUCACUAUUUGAUUUUCAAUGCAUUGUGGGAUCAGUUUCUAGAGAAAACAAAAGAAAUCUGUCAUGUUGUGUCCCAAACAUCCUACAAUACAUUGUGUAUUAGGUACAUGGCAUAAAAGCUUCAGAUGUCUAUAUUUGGCAUUGGUUCAUUUAAACUUAAAAAGAGCAAAAUCACAUGUGUAGAAGCCAGGGUCACAGAACGUUUCAAGCAAAGAAGUUGUUUUCUUGCCAGAAGCACUCCAACCAUUUAUAUUUAUCACACUUGUUGAUGUGCAUUUAUACAAUUUGUGAGAACUACCUAUCAGGCAGGUAGCAGGUUUGCAUACACGAUAAUCUGUAGUGGUUUUCAUAACUGGUUUCUAUUUUGUGUUCCACAGAUAAGAUACAAGAUUUCCAUAAGAGUUCAUAAGAAUAUCGAUUCAAAAUUUUUAGUGCAAAAAUUACUGCAAUUUUCACCUGAAAUCACCAAGAAAUUGCAAACAGCUGUUUAGGUUUGUGAUUAAUUAGUCUACCUUUAAUUUCUGCCAGUCUAUCUACUAUGUCCCAUUUGGACCACCAGAUCAAGUUAAGAAUUUGAACCGGAAGUAUUCAAGAUCAACCAUUGGGUUGGAUGUGUUAUUACCCAACACAGGAAGUUCAAAUGUAUGCAAAUCGUUACUAAUUGUUCAAUGCUUCUUGCAGAGUUUUAUGUGAUAAAAAAGCCAUUCGUUAACAAAUGUGAAAUCACAAAGGUCAGACCAGUUUGUAUCCCGCGAGGUACAGGAUUGUGACAUAGUGCCACAGGUAAUCCACAAGUCCAAAGGGCGCAUUUUCGAUUUUUUUUGUGUUUGUUCAUCAACAUAUAUUUAUUAAUUAAUAAAAUACAAUAAUAAUGCAUAAUAAUUUUUAGCAUGYAAGGGUGGGCUUCGUGUGGUUAAGCCGAGCAGGGGACUGUGAUGAGUCGGGCCCAAGCUCCWCUGAAGCGACUAGGAACGACUGCAAGUUUAACUCUUCUUCUCUUCUGUUUCGAACUUUUCCUUGGUUUAGCCAUGAAAUUUCUCCUUGACAACUGUAUUCAAGAAAUGAAAGCUCCUCUAGGUCAAAAAAUAAAUCAGUUUGCCUAUAGCAGUGAGCUUAAUCUGAUUGCAUCCAUGGAAUAUUGCGAAGAUUGUCUCUUGUGGAACCCAGAUAAUGGACAGGUUGUCAACGAGAUUGAACUCGACCAUGAUUGUCACUCGGACAUCAUUUUCCUACCAGGACAUUAUAUUGCUGUAGCAUUUAGCGAUGCGCCACAGCGAGGUAGCAGAGUAUGUAUACAUUCAGUCGAUUCUGGGGAAAACAUUCUGGAUGUAUCCGCAGGUUUUUGUGAGUUUGAAGUCGUUGCACUCACACCAGACAACAGACUUCUUGUUGGAGGGAGACUUACGGACUUUUUAAUUGACUUAGACAAUAAACAAAUUGUCGAGGAGAGAAGAAUUGUAGAUUCGUCAUUUCGUUCUUGGAGUUUGUGCUGUUCAAAGCAAAACUACAACACGAUAUUCUUCACCAGUGCUGAUAAGAACCGAGAAUUAGAACUUGGUUUUUGCAUUCUCACAGURGAUUUUUCAACAGAUGGCAAAGUGUUAAACACAAGCCUUGAAGAAGUUACGUAUUGCUUGAUUGAAGGAGAAGAAAGAGAUCUCAGUAUUAUAACAGGACUUUCUCAUGAUGGAGAACAUGUCAUUGUUGCUACAGAAAGGGAGGGAAUAAUUCUGUUGGAAUCAGCUUGUGAAGGAAGUGUYGGACAUGUUAUUGUCUCAAGUGGAAUACCAAGUGAUGAGGUGUGUUACCCUUUGGGUCAACAAAUGGUCACUCACCAAAACCAGUUAAUGGUCAGUGACGGUGGAGAUGUUAUCAAAGUAUACAAUUAUAAAAGAUAUGAUAGUUUGCAGGAGUUGUGUCGUCUCAGGAUCAACCACUUUCUGCAAGGAAACAAAGAAAAAGUUGACAAAUUGCCAUUACCAAGCACAGUAAAAAACUAUCUGUUGUACAAGUGAUAAAAUCAAUUUAGAAAUAUAUAGAAAACAUAAAUAUACAAAACAUAAAAAUUAUGGCAUACAUGGCAUACAUUCAAUUGUCUACUGCUGUCGUCCACAAUGUUAACUCCUUCAGAAUAUUCAAGAUAAAAGAAGCCAUGCAUUUUAAGUGGUUACGACCAUCCGUAAAUCAACAAGUUAAKAACUUGGCUCUUUCACUGUCUUUGUGAUUUUUUUUUUUAUACACAUAUCCACACGUGCUUAGUUAGCUAUAUAUUUUUCUAUCCUUACUAUGUAUUCACUUCUGAUGAUGGCGUAAGUAGAAUGCCAAAACAUGUCAUGUCGAAUAAACGAUUUAUGAUCGUAAUAGUGCUUCUCAAUUAUUAUGCUCACUACUUGCUCAAAAGACCAUUUGGUUCAGAAUAUUUCUGAUUGUUGGUCUAUGGUCAUGAGUUUUUUGACAACAUUUUUUUAUCACACUUGUUGAUAUGUAUUUAUACAAUUUCUGAUUCUACUUGUCAAACUCACAGACACUGUAGUAAGCAACCAGAAAGAGAUUAAAAAACAAAAUUCAAGUAAGAAUGGAUCUGGGUAAGAGGCACUCAACAAUCACUUCAUAAGUUGGUUUGCAUACAGGUUAAUAUGUAGUGGCUUCCAUAACUGCUUCUAGUUUGUGCUCCUAGCACUCUCAUAUCACCU